AUGGCCUACAUACUCUACACAACCGUUUUUAUCUUCCUCAUUAUCUCAACCAUCGCCUUCAUAACCCGCGACCGCUGGUCCCCCUACAUCCCCGAGCGUCUCCUCGAGCGUCUCCCCCGAUUCAUGUACACACCCUACUCGGCGCUCCCCCAUUCCUUCGAAAACGACAUCGAAUCCGGCUUAUCAUCUUCGAAUUUCAAUCUGUCGCAAAACUUGCUAGAUUCCGAUCCAAGAAAUGGACUUUCGGAUAGUGGCAAGAGGGAAAUUCAGAGGAUAAUGAAGAAGAAGAAGGUUAAUUUUGAUGAGGCGAGGAGAUUGUGGAUGCAGGAGACUUUUAAGAGGGAAAAUAUUGGGUCGGAUGGAAGGCCAAGGGAUCCGAAGUUUAGACCAGAGAUUGAGAGGGAGGGAGGGCAUAAGAUGGAGAAUUGGGAAUUGGAUUGGAUUAUGGAUCAGCGAGAUAUACCCUAG